AUGCGUGGAGUUUCUAAACUGCUCUUUCUUAUCCUCCUCAUCAGCUCGGUGGUCCAAUCCAAAAAGUAUUAUUUCACUUUUUAUGUUGAUUUGAUAUGUCGUGUUCCCAAUCGAGCAACGUUUGCAUACAAUGCACAGUUUUUUGAUCGAGAUGUUGUUAUACUCAAUGAUGAUGAUUCCAUUGGAAAGCCUCAUAUCAGUCGGUCACCAAUUGGAAAUGCUGAAUUCAGAGUGACUGGAAUGCUCACAGGAGAUGAGCUUUGGUCAGAUUUCUUCAACGUUAAAAUGGUUCUCUACCACAACUGCAACAGAGAAAACGAAGAGGUUAAACUGGAUAUCAAUCUUCUUCCAUUGUUCGAAAUUUCAAAACUAUCUGAUGAUAAGUAUUAUCAGUAUCAUUUGACCAGAGAUAUCACCGAACUGAGUGGAGAAGUCAAUCAUAAUAGAAAUCUUGUACAGAACUGA